UGCUGCUGCUGCUGAAGAGGAGGAUUUUAUUCUGACUCCCUGUGUUUCACAUAUUAUUAAAGGAGCAUCGGUGAGAAGUGAGGAGCAGCGAUGAAUCAAACUGCUUCUGUGUCCCAUCAGAUCGAGUGUCAGCCAAUCAAGGACGACAAGGAGUUUGUGGACGUGAGCGUGCCGCAGAGGAACUGGAAGGGCAUCGCCAUCUCCCUGCUGGUCAUCGUGGUGGUGUGCUCGCUCAUCACCAUGUCCGUGGUCGUCCUCACACCCGUGGAGGUUCCCGGCAGCAGCAGGUCCAGGCUGACGGUGGCAGAUCUGUACAAGCCCGAGUUCAGCGUCCACGACCCCGAGGCCACGUGGAUCAGUGAUUCCGAGGUGGUUUACAGGAACCGUGACGGCCACGUCAUCAAGUUCAACUUCGCCCUGAACCAGACGGAGGUCAUUCUGAGCAACAGCACGUUUGUACGCUGGGUUUUUUCUUUUGCUGUUUUUCUAAAGAUGAAGUCUUUUCUGUUAUCAUCCAAUAACUGUGUACAUUUUGUGCUUCCUGUUCGUCAGGUGGCUUUCAAGGUGGCCAAGUACUCGCUCUCUGCAGAUCUGAAGUACGCGCUGUUCGCCUACGACGUCAAGCGGAUGUACAGAUAUUCCUACACGGCGUCUUACAUCGUCUACAACAUCUACACAAGGGAGGUGUGGGAGCUGAAUCCUCCUGAGGUCCAGAACGCUGUGCUCCAACACGCAGCCUGGGGCAAACAAGGACAACAGCUGAUCUACAUCUUUGAGAACAACAUCUACUACCAGUCGGAUGUGAAGAGCGUCUCCCUGAGGAUCACUUCCUCCGGGAAGGAGGGCGUCAUCUUCAACGGCCUCGCUGAUUGGCUGUACGAAGAGGAGAUCCUGCACUCACACCUGGCUCACUGGUGGUCGCCGGACGGGGAGCGACUGGCCUUCCUCACCAUCGACGACACCCGGGUGCCCAACAUGGCUCUGCCCCAGUUCACCGGCAGCACCUACCCCAAAGGGCUCCAGUACCCCUACCCCAUGGCCGGUCAGACGAACCCUGCGGUCAAGCUGUCUCUGGUCAACCUGUUCGGAGCGACUCACACUCAGGAGCUGCUGCCUCCAGAUCAGCUGCGGCACCGAGACUUCUACGUCACGAUGGUGAAGUGGAUCAGCCCCACCCACCUCGUGGUGCGCUGGGUCAACCGGGCGCAGAACCUGUCGCUGCUGACGGAGUGCGACGCCACGCUGGGAGUCUGUCUUCAGAGACACAGGGACACCUCGGAGACGUGGCUGUCCAGACAGGGCCAGGAGCCGCUGUUCUCCAAGGACAGGAGCAGGUUCUUCCUCACGCUGCCUGUGAAACAAGGAGGUCAGGGAGACUUCCACCACAUCACCAUGUUCACAAAGAAGCUGCGGAGCGACCAGGACGAGGUUCGCCAUCUGACGUCAGGAGACUGGGAGGUGACGGACAUCGUGGCUUACGACGAGAACAACCAGCUCGUAUACUUCCUGAGCACAGAGGAGUCGGCGCAGCAGAGACACUUAUUCUGGGUCUCCACCCUCGGCCUCUUUCCACGGAGAUGUCUCACCUGUGGACUGAAGGAGGAGUGUACCUUUUUCGAGGCGAACGUCCACCCCGACGCUCAGCACGCCGUCCUGAGCUGCAAAGGCCCUGGAGUUCCAGCUGUGCUGCUCCUGAAUCUGGACGACGUGGACUCGUAUUUCAUCCUGGAGAACAACCUGCCCCUCCGCACGGCGCUCGGGACCAAGAGGACGGUUCAGACCGACAUCCGCGUCAUCACACACGGCAACUUCGAGCUGCCGCUGAAGCUCAACUACCCCCCCGACUUCUCCGAGUCCUUCCUCUACGGCCUCCUCCUCGUCGUCGGCAGUUCUCCCGGGACCCAGACGGUGACGCAGGAGUUCAGGCCGGACUGGGACUGGGUGCUGGUGGGAUCUGAGCAGGUCAUCGUGGCUCGACUGGACGGCAGAGGUUCUGGGUUCAGAGGUCAAAGGGUUUCACAGGACGUUCAUCUGAAGCUCGGCUCCGUGGACGCUGAAGACCAGAUGGCUGCUCUCGAGUACCUGGUGAAGCUGCCGUUCAUCGACCGCACUCGGGUCGGAGUCUUCGGGGAGGAUUACGGCGGCUUCCUGGCGCUGACGAUGCUGAAGUCGCCGGAGCGGCUGGUGCGAUGCGCUGCGGCUCAGACCCCCGUCAUCGACUGGUCCAUGUACGCCUCGGCCUUUUCUGAGAGAUACCUGGGCUCGCCCUCCACCGAGGAGAGCAAGUACCAAGCGUCCAGAGUCCUGAGCAACAUGAAGGGUCUGCAGGGAGGAACUCUGUUCCUGGCUCACGGGACGGCCGACGCCAACGUCCACUUCACGCACUCCGCAGAGCUCAUCAAGCACUUGAUAAAGAUCGGAGCCAACUACACCAUGCAGAUCUACCCGGACGAGGGACACUUCCUGUCCCAGCGCAGCCGCAUCCAGCUGACUCACUCCCUGAUUGGUUAUUUCCGCGGCUGUCUCCUCGACGCGUCGUCGUUACUCGAGCAGCAGCGGGACGACGAGUGAGAGGAACAGCCUUCCACCACUGUGUGUCUCGGUUUGUGUGUCAGUGAGCGUUCGUGUCCCCCUGGUAGACUCAAGUGUGUGUCUGUGUGGGCGUGAGUGUGUGUUUUUUAUACCUGUCGUACACUAUAUGACAAAACAAGCUUCUUCUCGACAUUUCAGACUAGUUUCCAUCGCUCGUCUCCUCAAGUAGAAUAAAGUUCCCACCGUCCGCUGUAAUGUCGAGGAUCACGAUCACCAGUAGGGGGCGCUAGCUCGCAAGCAUCGGAGAAGCUAUCACAGAAUAUUUAAUUAAAAAUGUAUUUAACUACGUAGCUUGUUGAUAACGUGUGUAACUUCGGCCACUAGGGGUCGCCCAAUCAAAACAAUAACGAAAGAGUUCAUGUAUAAAAGUUUUACUGACGUUACACAGAAACAUAAAUCUAGUUUUUAGACCUUUUAAUGAAGAAUUGUUGCAUAUUUUAUCUUGAAAGAUUCUGCAACUGGCAAAAAUCUAAAGUUCAAAAGUAUGAUCAACCAAGGGAAAUAACUGCAUUUAAAUUUAAACGUUUUUUGGAUAAAGCCAGUAAAAUAGAAAAUGUCACAGUUGAUCAUAGUUAGAAAAUGUUCAGCCUGUGUGUGUUUGUGUGUGUGUGUGUGUGUGUGUGUGUGUGUCUGCCUCUGUUCACUGUAUUUUCUUAUCGUGCCACAGAAAACACUCUGAGCCUUUAUGAAGAUUCUCUGUUGACGGGUUGAAAACGUUUAUUUUUUUUUCAUUUAGGAUUAAAUGGAUUUUUUAGCAGCCAAUAACAUCGAUCACAAACUCUCUCUCUAGAUAUUGUAAAAAAAAUAGUUUUCAUGCAACUCGGCCGUCUUCUAAAAAACAGAUUUGAUUUAAAAACAAACAAGAAGGAUGUUUUGGUGUCGUGUUGUUAAUCCUCUCAUUUAAUUUCUACAUUUAUCACGAGAGUCAGUGGAGUCGUCCGACCUCUGGACCUCGAUAGAUGGACAAAACUUUACUUUACAGUCCCUGGUUCUGUUUCAACUGGGAUUUUUUUAUUUAUUUUUGUAUUUAUUUAUUUCUAAAGUCGAUAUUUAUUGUUUCACAACAUGUAUUUUCUCUUUUAAAGAGAUUUAAAGGGUCAGUAGGUGACUUCCCACGUCCUCUGUGUCUUUCUAUUUGUUUACGACACAGUUGCAUUAACUAAAUGAGAUUAUUGCUUUGACGUGACUUGACACUAGACUCAUCUGUUAAAAACAGAAGACUACAGCUUAUGAUUUAUAACAGACAGUUUAUUAUUACUAUUACUUGGGAAAAUAUAAGUUUUUCUAUGUUUUUAUUAAAUUUGACUGCUCUUAAAAGUGGUUUAAAAUCACUACGUCCCCUUUGACAACAGCUGAAACAAAUAUCUGGAGACAGAAACAUGUUUUGACUUUGACUGUCGGCCACACACGAGCGUCAUUAAUGGCCUCUGCGCUGUUGUGGCUUUUAGACGAUUUUCCUCUAAUUUCCAAAUCUGCUAUUAUCAACUAAAUAAAAGCUGAAGUGACAAGUGUCCCUGGGAUCUGUGGAGAUGAUUCUCCAGGGCCAGGCGAGAGGAGGGUUCACCUGGCUGACGUCUUUCUCUCUCCUCGGGCACAGCCUCUCUCCGAUCCUCCAGAUAGAGGUGACGCGUGGAGCUGCUGCCGUCCACUGUAGAGUAACUGUGUGUGACGUCCUUCUUGUCUCUGUUGGGAUUUGUAAUGUAAGUCUGUUUUGUUCUCGGGGACGGGGAGUUCUGUGAAUGUCCGUGUGAAUCUAGAGGAGCUUACUGUAUUUUUUGGCUGUUUUAAUAUUAAAGAACAAUGAAGGAGACGUGUUCGGGUCUUGUUUUGUGGUUGAGGAGUCAAAAGCAUCUCUAUUUUGUCUCUAAAGUUUCCAAGCUGUUG